UAUUGAAUAGUCUAAGUCGGGUUCAAAAAUAUUUCAAUAUGUUCAAAUUAAAAUCGGAAAGUUAUGUGCUCACCGUUGUUCUCCUUCUCCUGUUCUCCAAAUCAUCGAAUAUUGCCUUCGCUGUCUGUAAUGCUUGCUCUAUUUCUAAUUUUGCCUGCACAUCGCAAACGCAGUUCCAAGUAUGCGUCGAAGGCUUACCAACAGGAACGCCGUUGAGUUGCCCGAGCGGAUACAUUUGCUCAACAACUGCUGCAAACAUUUGUGUACCGAGUGAUAACACGAGUGUAGAUGGCGAUUGCACUGAAUGCUAUAUUUGUGAUGCUUCCCAAACCUUUGCCUGCACUGGUGUUCGCACUUUCGCCCUAUGUCUAGGCACCAAAGCCGUUAGUAAUAUAGGUGGCAACUGUGCGCCCUAUCUUGUGUGUAGUAUCGACUAUCCGCACAUAUGUGGCGAUGAAACCAUGAUUGCACCCACGUGUCCGACUGCUGAUGAACUAGCUACCACAGUUGACAGUCCUACUACUACGACUACUUCAGGUUCGGUAAUUGUAACCAAUCCAGUUGCGUUUUGCCAAACUAUACAACAAAAUGGUCGUUUUCCAGUUGGAAAUGAACUUAAAACAAACUGUCAGCAAUAUGUCUACUGCUUCAUAAAUGGCAACGUUUGGAGUGGCGCAAUCUACUACUGUCCAAGUGAUACUUAUUUUGAUACUUCCUCACGGUAUUGUUCACCAGUUGUACCGGCCCGUUGCGUUAGCUCAGCACAGUUGUUGUACCUAGGGACUUCUGAAUCAAGCUUCGACGAUGUCCAGGGAAUGGAGUGAGCGAUAUUUUUACGAUUUGGAGAGAUUAAAAAGUUGAGUAGUUAUAAUAAAUAUUUGGUAUGUUUUUUGUUGAUGGUGGAAUCUUUGUAGAAUAUUUUAGUAGUUAAAGGUUUGUAAAGCCCUCGCUAUUAUGACGAACUGUGGUUACUACCAAAUUGAUUGCUUCAUUUUGCCGCAAACUAUAUAAGAUGUUAAAUCUCUUAAAAUAUUGUCAAUUUUAUAGUUUUUUAUGUUUAAUUACCAGUAUCAUGCAUUUAAAUAAAUUAUGUAGAGUGAAGUGAGAUAGUAGAAUUUUCGAAAAAAAUUUUGCAGCCAUAAGAAUUUUCGAUAAUUGUUACAACAGCGAAGUCUGCACCUUCCUUGUUCUUAACUUAUGAUUUUUUGAUUUGAUGACUUUUUUUUGUACGUUAGGGUAAAAUCCUCUCAAAUUCAGUCUAGGGACUUAAGAGGUGCGCCUCAUUCUGCAAGCUUAAAUUAAAAAAAAGCUUUUUCAGAAAAACUUACCAAAGU